GCUGGUUGCAGCGAUGCCGCCAGGAGGGACUAAGGUGGCCGACUCGUCCUCGUCGGCGUCCUCAUCCAAGAAAAGCCGCCGCCGGCAGAAGCCGUCCGCCUCCUCACCUGCCUCCGUCAUGACGCUCUCCGCCUCGGCCACGAGCAGGAUCCAGGCUUUGUACAACCUGUCCAAAAACGCCUUCGUGACUGACAGGCCGGGCAUCCUGCCGUCGCCGCCGUCCGAGGCAGCGCUCUCCCGGUUCCUCAAUGCCGUGACGCCCCAAGACUUUGGCCUCGAUGCAAACAUGCCGUUCUUCAGAGGUGGCCCUGAUGGACGCCCUACAGUGACCUACCUGCACUUCGCUGAAUGUCCCGAGUUUACGAUGGGGAUCUUCUGCCUGCCAAUGUCAGCCGUGAUACCGCUCCACAACCACCCCGGGAUGACUGUCUUCAGCAAGAUCCUCCUCGGCUCCAUGCACAUCAAGUCCUAUGACUGGGUUAAACCCCAGGCUGGCGCUGGCCGUCAGGCCACCAGAACCCCAGACGGUGCUCGGCUGGCCAAGCUCAAGACAGACGCCGUGUACGACGCGUCCUCGGAGACGGUGGUGCUGUACCCAGAAGAUGGAGGGAACCUGCAUCGUUUCACCGCAACGGCACCCUGCGCCGUGCUGGACGUCAUGGGUCCUCCUUACUGCCACGAGGAAGGGAGGGACUGCUCCUACUACCGUGUACGUGCCGUGGGAUCUGAUUCUGAUGGGCAGCACUUUUGGCUCAAGGAAGUGCCCGACAGCUUCGUGAUGGACUACGUGGAACUGCGUCCUAAGAUCAGAAAGUGAUCGAGCGAAUUCUACCGCGAAGAUCGAAGAUCACUGAGUCUUUCUUGGCUUGGUGUAGAUAUGCGUCAUCUGUUCAUCGUCAAGGGAUAAGGAUUAUAAGGAGUACAUCUUUUCGGUUUUGGUUUAAUUAGUUUGCUCGGGUGAAAUAACAUUGUCCUCUGUCAUCCCGGUUGAAUUCUUCUUUUUCAUGCAAGUGUUAUCUUCCAGACAGAACCUGUUAAUAAUGCAGGAGUUAUGAUUUUGA